UCCUGGAGUGGCAGGGAGGGCGGUGUCGCGACCCGGGUGCUGCACUCAGCGAGUGAAGCCUAGUUUCGAGGUGCACAAGAGUGAGGAAGACGGUGCUUUCGAGCCCGGGAUUCCUCCGGAGAGAAACUGGCGUGUGCUCCGGUUGCGUCGCAGGGCCUGCCACAGAGCCCCUACCCUGCAGCCUCACCAGAGGCUCAAAGGCCCACGGAGCGGAAAGGUCGGUCAGUCGGGGACCUGGCGUCGAGGACAGUCAGCACCGCGGACGUGGCACACCAGAGGAAGACAGGGUCCGCCGGAACCCCAAGCUGCCUGUUCCCGUAGGCCGAGGUGGCGCGAAGGCCCCAUCCCGGGCCAGCGACAGCCCGUCGUACCGCGCUCCUCGUGGUUUGGAGAAGACCCCUACCUCCCCCAAACUCGAGAUCCCAAUCGUGCAGCAACUCAGACUGCGCCCCAGUUGAAGAACGAUCCCGGAAGUCAGAAAAGUGUUACAUGUAGACACAUGUGGCCCCCUUGCCCGGAUGUUUGAACUACAGCAGGAGCCAGCUACCUGCAGGUUGGAUGUGGAUGGACCCAGCCUGGGAUGGAUCCCAGGGGCCUCGGCCAGGCACAGCUAGCAUCCGGGUACGGGAGCUGAGCUGGCAGGGCCUAAACAACCCCUGCCCACAAAACAAGAGACUGGGCAGCCAUGGGGAUAUCCACAGGGAACAGCGGGUGGACGAGCACCUAACCCCUGCUCGGCUGCAGGCCCUGGCCCAGGUAGAUGACCUCCAACUGGUGAGGGUGCUGGAGAUGUGUGUGGACACCCGUAAGAACAGCCUGGGGAACUUCGGAAUGCACCUCCCUAACCUGAUCCAACUGAAGCUGAACCACAGCUGCCUGGGCUCCCUCAGAGACCUGGGCACUUCUCUGGGCCACCUGCAGGUGCUGUGGCUAGCCCGCUGUGGCCUGACUGACUUGGAUGGCAUUGGUUCCUUCUUGGCACUGAAGGAACUUUAUGUCUCCUACAACAACAUCUCGGACCUGAGCCCACUGUGCCUGCUCGAGCAGCUGGAGGUGCUGGACCUUGAGGGCAACGAUGUGGAGGACCUGGGGCAGAUGCGGUACCUGCAGCUGUGCCCACGGUUGGCCACGCUCACACUGGAGGGGAAUCUGGUGUGCUUGAAGCCAGACGCUGGCCCUUCUAAGGCACCCCAGGACUACAACUACAGGGCAGAGGUAAAGAAGCUCAUCCCCCAGCUCCACAUCCUAGAUGAGAUACCUACCACGUGCACCAAUCUGCCUGCUUCCCAGAAGCUGAACCAGGACUGGCUGAUGGUGAAGGAGGCCAUCAAGGAUGGCAGCGUGCUUGACAUUCUGCUCCCUCGGCUGGAUUGUCCCCAUGGAGCCACCAUUCGGAAACUUGACCCAACCUUGCCUAUGCCUGAGACCAAGCCAUGGGCCUUGUCCCUACUGGUUCCUGAGGGCCCCUUGCCUGAAGGUCUGCUUUCUGAGAACCCGACCACAGAAGACCAUGCCAGCAGCCUCACCCAUGGUCCAGGUCAAGUUCUCUGUGGGAACCCCACCAAAGGCCUGCGGGAACGUAGACACCAGUACCAGGAAUGGGCACCCCUGGAGCAGCUGCCCCCACAUAAGCCAGAUCUGACUAUCAGCCCCUUCACCCCAAGGCCUGACCCUGCAGAAAGCUGUGAGCUGGCCAUGACUGGGCUUCGGGCCUGGAGGGAUCCUGGCCUGCGUCCCCUCUUCCACAGACAGCUGGAGUUCCAGCCUGAAACACCCGCUCAGGUCACAGCCCAGGACCCACAGAAGGCUUCUGAAGAACAGGAAGACCAAACUGGGCCCAAGACUUCGCUAACCUCCCCACGCCUGGCCUCAGAAUUUUCCUGGACAUCAGGCUUUCACCUGAUCCCUUCUCCCCCAAAGUACCCAAUGCCACCUGAGUCAGGCGUCAGCUCCUCAGGGAGAUCUGCAGACCUGCCCUUCAGAGGACGUAGGCUUAGAGUCCUGGGCAGCUUGGGGCCUAGCCUGGGUGAGGGCUCUGUCUUGGGUGAGAGGUUGGCUGCAGUGACUGCCCUGAGAGCCCUGGAGGUGUCCUCAGGCCCCAGCCAUCGAGCCCAAGGAUGUUCAGACCCAAAGCCAGCACUGGGUCCAGCAGCUUGCCCUCCAGGCCUCCACUACCUUCAUCACCUGAACCCUAUUUCCCCCGCUCAUUCUCUCCCUUAGUGUAAACCCUCCCUUGCUGAGAUCUCUUGGCCUUGGUGGGGCCAAGGCUGAAGUGGCUAGAGAUGGGCCUGGGUUCUUUAGAUGUCCCAGGACUCUGGGUCACCUAUGUGUCCCAAGUUCUGAGCCUGCUUAUCCUAGGCCUCUGAAGGGCAAAACCAUCCUGGGUAGAUUUUCAGGUUUCCCCACGUGGAACAGUUCCUUUCUCUUGGGACACCAUAUACCCUCUCUAAAAGCCAAGCAAAUCACUUCGACUCUCAGGUGUGCUGAAAUGUGCUUUACUUUUUAAGCAACCAUUAGUUCAAUAAAUUAUGCAGCUGGCACUGCCUGCCUGGCCUGGCUGCCCUACAACCGCCGGCACAAUUCCUGGGUGAUGGGAGGGUAGCAGAGGAAGCGGAAGCCAUAUCUGCUCUCGGCUGUGCUCUGUACUGACAGGGCCACCAUGGGGCAAGUCAGGUCCACGCUUUUCCGGCACACCUGCAGAAAACACUGGGGCCUAAGAGCCAGUGGACUGGCAGACCAGAGAACCUGGGGCCACAGCAUCACACUCACCUGAACCCUGUGCUCCUGCCUACCCAACGCAUCUUCAAGACCCACUCUUGAGGC